AUGCAGGGCAGCAGCACUCCUCCUGCUCCUGCUGCUCCUGCUGCUGCUGCUGCUGCUGCUGCUGCUGCAGCAGAGAACUUUCUGCUGCUGCUGCUGCUGCUGCAGCAACAAAAGCUAUUCAGCUAUCAGUUUAUGGCUCAACAACAGCCGGGACAGAAGGAUAGCGAGGCGGCCUGUAUGUACACCCCCCGUGUUGCAGCUGCUGCAGCAGCGACGCAAGCAGCAGCAGCAGCAGCAGCAGCAGCAGCAACGGCAGCAGCAGUAGAAGCAGAAGAGGAGCCAGCCCGGUUGGGGGGCUACGCCCUCAGCACACCAACAGCAGAAGCAUCGCCGAAGCACCAGCAGCAGUAG